AACUUACUAGCUUGGUGAUAAGGAAUUUCCUGUAUUCACUUGGCUUAUUUUUCACCUUGUAUGCUCAGUUUUUGUAGCCUCAUCACCACCUCAAGGGGACAUGAGGGUUUUGACAACAAUCCUGGGAACUUCUUUAUGUCCAUGGGCUCAUUGACCUACAUAGAACCAGCUCUUGGGGCUCCAGUGGCUUCUCCCCCCUCAUAUCUUAAGACGAAGAAUCCUUUGCUGGCACAGCAUGGUCCUGGCUUGUUCAGUAUGCUUCAGAAUCAAUAGUUCCAGCAGCCUGCAACGUGAAGAACUGGAAGCAGGAAUGGAGAAGGCUACCAGCAAGAGUCAGGAAGUUAAGAAACAUGUGCGGCUGCAGGAUAGAAGGGGCUCCAGUGUGUCACUGGUCCUGGACAUGAGUUCCUUGAGCAACACAGAACCUAUUCGGUCAGUCUCCACUCCUAGAGAUGUGACAGUGCAGGUCUUGAACACAGCCAGCCACAUUCUUUCUCAAAAAAUGCUCCAAGAGCAGACCUGGAGACUGGAGCAACUUCAAGAGGAGUUUGCGAAAAUCCCGUCAAAUUUUAUCAGUCCUGAAGAGCUGGACAUCCCUGGACGAGCUGCAAAGGACAGAUACAGAUCCAUUUUACCAAAUCCUCAGAGUCGUGUAUGUCUCAAGACAAUGAGGAACCAAGAGGACGAGUGUUACAUCAAUGCAAAUUACAUCCGGGGUUAUGCAGGACAAGAGAAGGCCUACAUUGCCACACAAGGACCAAUGCUAAAUACCAUAAAUGACUUCUGGACAAUGGUGUGGCAGGAAGAGUCUCCUCUCAUAGUCAUGCUCACCAAACUCAAGGAAGAGAAAGAGAAAUGUAUCUGUUACUGGCCUGAUACAGAGGCAACAUAUGGGUCUUUCACCAUCCAACUUCAAGGAGUGUACAAGUAUGAUGAAUACACUAUCCGUAACUUUACCCUACAGGUAGGUCGGAAGGGCUGGGAACCGGAAAAAAAAAACAACUCCAGGUGUUGGUUAUACAUGUGGGAAGAUGGAGUGGGGGGAGGAUUUUUUUGGGAGAGACCUGGACACAAUUUUAUUUCUCUGGACCUGUGGAAUUCCUUUACUUAGAAUGGCUGUCAAAAACAAGCCUUUUAAAGGAGUGGGUAGUGAUUUUAUGCAAUUACCUCAGCUAUCUGAUUAAAGAAGCAUUUUAUUUGGUCUCAUUAGUGAUUGUUGUUUUUGCUGUUUUUGCUGUAUUUCUGUUGUUCUCUUUACUUUGUUACUUGUCUUUAGUUGCCGAUGUUGUUACUAUUGCUGCUGAAAUAAAGGCAAGCUUUUAAAAAGAAAAAACAAAAAAACAAACGACAGCUGCUCCAACUCUUUCAUUUUUAUUUGUUUCACUUUCAAAAGUCUACGGCCC